AUGGAAGUGCAACAGAAUAAGCAGCCCAAAACAACAGCGGUCAAGCGCAAAAUACUCACGGAUGUAGAAAGGGCCUUGCGACAAGUUCAAAAAUUUGUGGCAUCAACCAAUCAAAUACAAGAUGAGCACGCUCAUGAGCCACAAGUGAAGAAGCGGAAAAAAUCAGUUAAACGUAUAGCUAUCUCAGAGGUGAAUGAUGACGGAGCAGUAAUAAAUUGCAACUUGACAACAACAUCAAGUCAUAAACUGGAAGAAGAAAUAGAUUGCACCUACUGCAAUGCUCUGAGGUUUCAAUAUGAACCCCCAACAUUCUGUUGCGGAGGUGGCUGUAUCAGUUUAGCACCUAAUGAAGUGGCCGAUGACUUUUAUGAAUUAUUUGUGUCUGACUCAGAAGAUGCUAAGUUAUUCAGGAAAAAUAUACGCGCGUAUAAUAGCAUCUUUGCUUUUACAUCAUUUGGAGUUAAGCUCGACAAGGAAUUGGCAUCUUCCAGGAAAGGAGUUUACAGUUUCAAGGCACAAGGACAAAUAUAUCAUGAUCUACCAUCAUUAAUCCCAAACAAUGACAAACCACGGUACUUUCAACUAUACUUCUAUGAUACUGAUCAUGAAUUAGCCAAUAGAAUGUCGGUACUGGAAGAUGCAAACUUAUCAGAGGAGGUCAUGAUCAAAAUAAGAAACAUAAUGGAGAUGAAUCCAUAUGCAAAAUUCUUCUCACAGCUUAAAGAACAUACAAGCUUUCAAAAUUUGGAAAUACGCAUAGCGGCAAAUGCAUCAUUAGACCAAAGGGUGUAUAACAAACCAUCAGUGGAUCAGGUGGCAGCUAUUUGGGUAGACGGUAACAAUCCAAUUAUACCGUUCGAACGAGAUAUUGCAGUACAUGAACACUCAGGUUAUAAACAUCGAGUCAAACAUUAUUAUGGAUGUUAUGAUCCGCUUCAAGAUCCUCUAAUACUUCCUAAAGGAGAAGGAGGUUGGCAUCAAGGAAUACAAAAGUGUCGCAAGCCAAUCAAAAACAGUCAAAGAGCGGCGUUACCAAGUCACCAGAUAGGUAGAUCAUCAUUCACCAAUGCCGCAGAGAUGUUGGCCCAUGAAGAACAAGGUGUACGACGCGAAACAAAAGGUUCGAUUUCCUGCAGGGAGUACUACUGCUAUAAACUACAAGUCCGAACAAGUGACAAGUCCAUAUUGUUACUGUGCGGGAGAUUGUUGCAGCAGUUUGUUGUGGACAUAUACAUCAAAAUAGAAACAACAAAACUUGAAUAUUAUAGAUUAGAGAAAUCAAAUUAUCGAAGGGAGAUACUCGAAGGUAUUGUUGAUAGUGUUACGGCAGGCGAGAGUAGAGGGGACAAGGUAGGACAAAGGGUAUUACUGCCAGGAUCGUUCAUUGGAGGCCCCAGGGAUAUGCGACGAUGCUAUAUGGAUGCUAUGGCGUUGGUUCAAAAGUUUAGAAGACCAGACCUAUUCAUCACCAUGACAUGUAACCCAGAAUGGAUUGAGAUUCAACAAGCCUUGCUUCCAGGUCAAUUACCUCAAGACAGGCCAAAUUUGGUUACCAGAGUGUUUCGAGCAAAAUUGCAAGACUUGAAAGACCAAAUCUUCAAAAAAGAAAUAUUUGGAACGAUUGCAGCACAUGUUUUUGUGGUAGAAUUUCAGAAGAGAGGCCUACCACAUAUUCACCUCCUUCUAAUAUUUAAAGAAGGUAAUAAGAUACGAUCAGCAGACGAGUAUGAUAGAUACAUUUCAGCCGAAAUCCUGGAUAGUGACACACAUCCAGAAUUGAGUGCAUUAGUUGUAAGACAUAUGAUACAUGGACCUUGCGGCGAAAAACGAAAGACAAGCCCGUGUAUGAAGGAUGGACAAUGUAAAUUUCACUACCCACGAGCAUUCAACAACAAAACAAUACAAGAAAAGGAUGGAUAUCCAAUUUACAAAAGAAGAAAUGAUGGGAAAACAAGUGAGGUCCGGGAAAUGAAGAUGAAUAACCAAUGGGUUGUACCAUAUAAUCCAUAUUUGCUGAUGAGAUAUAAUUGUCACAUUAAUGUUGAGGCAGCCAAAGAAAGAGGGUUAUUAGAAUCAGAUAACAGCAUUUCAGAAUGUUUACGCGAGGCUGUCACCUUCAAGAUGCCCUCCGCCCUUCGAUGUUUGUUUGCAACAAUCUUGGCUCGUUGCAACCCAACAGAUGUCAGAUGUCUCUGGGACACAUAUUAUGGGGAUAUGUCCGAAGACUUUCAAAGGAGCCAUUCAAGAACAACAGACGCACCAAUCCAAUGUACCUUGAAAAGUAUUAACUAUUACUUGGAGAGUAUGGGGCAAAGUGUGGACAAAUAUGACAUCCCUCAGAUCAAACAACAACCACUUCAAACUGAACCACGUGAAUGUAGAGAAAUAAUUGAAGAAAUGUCUGUGAAAGUGCCAGCUGAAGAUGUUGUUGCUCAAUCAAAAUUGAAUCAAGAACAAGCGUAG